UGUUUGUUCGAUUUGUAGCGUUUUGAGUUUUGUGGUGUGUUUUUUUUUUAGCCUUUUACGUACUUUUUAAGUGAUUUUAGUGUUAGUGAUUAGAAUAAACAGACAAUUAAUUAAUAAUAGUGUAAGUGUGACAAUAAAUUUCGUUUAUUUGCACGAUGACGAGCACAUUAGCCAAAAAUACUUGUUCUGUAAAAGGCUGCGGAAAGCGAGAGCUACCGAUGUACCGUUUCCCCAAUCCAAAAACAAACGGGGAACGUUUUCGUAAGUGGGUUCUGGCAGCAAAUAAUCCUCGAUUCGAGCAACUAGGAGAUAAUGGUAUUUAUAAAAAGUGUUUCGUUUGCCACAACCAUUUUAAGGAAGAGGAUAAAAUCCUGAAUUCGCGUUUAUUAAGGAAAACUGCUGUGCCUUCGCAAAAUUUGCCGAUUGGUCCAUCGUUUGCCACAGAACAGGGAAUUGAUGCACCAUCACCUCCAAGACCAUCCCAAUCUGAGGAGGACCUAAUUUUUAGAACACCACAACGUGAACUCAUUUUUAUGCCCAGCUCGGUACGAAAACGUGUUACACCAUCAGCCUGUUCACCAUCCACGUCUGGAGGUGUAUUUCCCAGGAGCGUCGUGCAGAGAACAUUAUUUCCCUCCAUAAGUAAUGGAGUGAGCAGUAAUGAAGAGGGACUUGGUGUGGCGCCAUUAUCAGUGUUGGACAGCGUCCCAAUAAAUGCAAUAACUUCAAGUAACCUGUAGUUACGACACACUUUACUCUGGAUUAGAAAAAGGAGAGAAUUUACGUUAGGUUAAUUUAAGCAAGAC